AUGUCGAAUAAAACGAAAUUUAUCAUCAAUACAUCCGUGGAAUAUUUUGCUGUGAAUUCACAAACUGGCAUCGCUUUGGAUGAACAGACCGCAGCAAUAUUAGAAUUUUUGGAAAAUGAUGAAAUAACUGUAAUCUCAGCUGUACAUAAUAAACAAGAAGAUAAAAUUAAAUUUCAUCAUCGCAUACCAAACGAUGAAGUUUGUUUGCUCUUCUAUAAAAUACCACAAGUUGGUAAAAGUGCAGCAACUAUAGAUAACCAACCACUUGGCAUUUUGACGCUUGAAGGAGGUUUGGUUAAAUCCAUUUAUAAUUCUGUUUCACGUGUAUUUUCACCACAUGCAAAUACUCGGAAAACCGAAUAUAGUCCGGAGUUAAGUGGUUUACUUGAAAAUUUACAUGUUUCACUUGGUUCAACAUUGGGUUUACCUCAAAGUGGUAUAACAUCUAUCAAGGAUGAGAUAAACUAUUGGAAACAAAAGCUGAAUAAUAAAUCCAGUUCCCGUCUAGAUAGAGAGGCAGCACAAGUAUUUAUAGGUAUCUUGGAAAGCGUAGAGCAGCGUAUAAGAUCAAUAAACAGCAAUUCUGGCAAUAACAUUGAAGACUUUCUCGAUAGUGCUCACAAUAAUUUCGAUGAACUUUGGCGCUUAUCCUAUCAAUUUCCCCAAAAUCGUAUGGCUGAUCUAAUGGAUAUAAUCGGCAAUCAAGUAAUUGAAGCUUGUUUGGAGCCCUUGAUCAACGAGGAUAUUUGGAGUUUAAACAGUUCCGUGGUAAACAGCCUUAUGAGUCAGUGUAUUGAUACUGCAGAAUCUUGGAUACAAUUGUGCGAUUCUUUGACUCGACUCUUUUGGCCCAAUUAUGUCAAACAUCCGUGGGUGGGGGAAGCACAUAUACCGAAACGUGCCCAAAUGUUUAAGGAGCGCAUGUUGGAAAUUCGCAAUAUUAAGAAUCUUUACAAACAAAUUGCUACUCUUUUAAAUGAUGAGGAAAUGCGUGAAAUGAUUACAAAUCAAUCGCCAUUUAGAAAUCUAAAUAUUUUCGAUACUACCGCCAUGGGCCAGGCAAAGUGGAAUAAGGCUUUGCAAAAUUUUGAACAUUUAUUACAGCCUACAGAUGAGCGGAUUGCUUCCGCCUUGAAGGCGCAAUUACAUCAUCAUUUGAGUAAUCCUCGUCAAGUGAUAUUUAUUUUUUCAAAAUAUGAAACAUUAAUACAACGUCCCACGGUCUUGGAGUUAUUAACUAUUGAGCGCGAGCAAUUCAUGCAAUCGUUGCAGAUUCUUUUGCAGGAUUUACGUAAAGCUAUGACUGAUACGAAUAUGGAACCUGAUACCGGACAUUUAUCGGUAAUAUGCAAUGAGUGCCGUUGGUUGAAAGUGGUGCAAUAUCAGAUCCAAGAAAUCGAAAAAGUCAGCCAUCUUAUCUCUGGAAGGGAAGGUUUCGAUAAGAUCAAUAAAGCGGUACAGGAAAUAAAAGAGGAAACGGAAUCAUUAUUGAGAACUAAUUUCGAAAUUUGGUGUGGUCAGCAUGCGACAGCAGUCAAGUCGGGAGAUCUAAGACUCCGCGAUGAUCAACCCGUGGUGAAAUUCGAAAAAGAGGGUCGUCAACUUAUGCGUGUUACAUUUAACCCAAAAUUGGUAACAUUUUGUCAAGAUGUUAGAGAAUUUGAAAAUAUGGGCUAUAAUGUACCCUCCGAAUUACGUUCGGCUGCAACACAUGCCGCUAAGUAUAUGUGUUACGCUCGCCGAUUACAACAAAUAGCUACUUUUCACAAUACCAUCGGUGAUCGUAUGAUACCCUGUCAAAGAUCUAUAAUGUUGAAAAAUGCAAUGGAACUAUCGAAAUUAGUGCACAGUGAAACGGUGGCUUGGAAUGAUGAGGACUCUGUAGAACGUUAUGUUAAUACCUUGCAAGCAGCUGUGAGUAAGCUAUCAGCUGAUAAUACACUUUUAGUGGGUUAUCAUGAGCAGGCAAAGAGAACGGUUAUAAAACUUAUGAACACCGAUCUAUUUACCCAAAGUCAAACCUGGAAAGAUGAAAUGCGUCAUUUAAGAGAACUGGUGGCAAAUUUAGAACGCCAGGGUUUUACUAAUCUAGACGCUUUUAAGUUGCACUGGGAUCAUCAGCUAUAUAAAGUAUUGGAGUAUCAGUAUAUUAUAGGUUUAGUGGAUAUGAAUAAUAAAUUGCCCGAUAUUCAUAUAAAAAUAACAUUUCGUCAACGCCAGUUAAUUUUUAUUCCCUCGGAAGAAGAAAUUCGUGAUAAGUAUUUUACACAAUUGCGCCGUUUUAUAGAACGUCCCUGUGGCUUUCGUGGCUUAUCUGAUAAAGGUUCAGAACUGUUUAAAACUAUGGUCGAAAUUAAUCGUCAUUAUUUGGGUCCUUUAUAUGAACAAGCUGAAGAAUUAUUUUCGAAAUUAGAUAAAUUUAAAAAACUCUGGCUGCCAUGGGUGGCUCUAGGCUGUGUCGAUGUUGAGGAACUUUGCGGUGUUCAUUUACAAACAUCCGAUGAUUGGGAUCGUAAUUUUCGAAAGUGUAAACAUUUUAGCCAGAAAAUUGCUAAGAUACAAAACAACGAAGAAUCUAUUGACUGCAUUGUAAUCGAUAUAUUGCCCUUACGUUCAGAUAUUGAAAAUAUCAGUCGUCGUUAUUGGGAGGCUUUAUCCAAUAGCCUUAGAGCAUCCAUACUAAACGACAUCACAGUCAUACAAGAGUUUCUUCAAAACGCUCUACAAUUCUUGCAAAAUGUACCCAUGGAUGAAUCCUCCAUAACUGAGUCGGGUAUUAAAUAUGAAAAAAUCAUGACCGAAUUACCCAAAGUCACGGAAACUCUCAAUUUGGUCAAAGCUAAAGAUACCUGUUUAGCGGGUUGGUGUAAGGAGCGUGUAACCUCAUUAGCAUCCAUACUAAUACAAUGGGAGAAGCUACAACCCUUAUUGGAAAAUCAUGCUGUCAUAUUGCAACGUCAAGUGAACAUGAUCAAAGAUCAGGCCCAGACACAAAUACAAAAUCUACACAAUGAGGCAGAGAAAUUUGUCAUACGUUGGGAAUCGACCAUAGCCGAAUUGGAGGCUAAUGAAGAUGCCUCUUUGGAUAUGUUCAAAGAGCGUCAAGAACACUGGCAGGAGAUUUUAAGCAAGAAGGAGCAACUUUUAGAAGAAUGUGCCAAGUUCAAUAUGAUCUUUCCCGAUGAUUUGCUAAAGCCAUUCGACGAAAUUGAUGCCAAAAUGAAAGCCCAAUCUCAGGAGUGGCUUAUUUACGAUGAAUAUCUAAAAGAGUUGGAUGCUAUACUGAAAGAAGAAUGGGCCAUUUAUCGUAGACGUCCAUAUAUUUUAAAUGAACUCAUAACAAAAUGGGAAGGUUCAGUUAACUCUUCUAUAGAUCUCUCAUCGAAGAGAAUAAGACAAAGUGUUGAAAAGUUACAAACCAAUUUACCCAUUUUGCAGCAGUUGCAAUCGGACUCUUUAACGGAACGUCAUUGGGCUAGAAUUUUUGUUUUACUCAAAAAGGAAGAUAUGAAAAAUUUACACAAUUUUACCUUGAAAGAUAUUUUACAAGAUCAGGCUUUGUUGCAACAACAUGCUGGAGAAAUAGCACAAAUUGUAAGACAAGCCUCUUCAGAGCAAGUGGUGCGACAAGCUUUAACUGAACUAGAUCAAUGGUCGGUUACAGCCAAGUUAAAGCUGGUAACACAGAAGGAUUCUUCGGGAAAUUCUAUAACUUUAAUUAAGGAUUAUCAGGAAGUCUUAAACAAAAUUGGUGAUAAUCAAUCAUUACUGCAGUCGGCCAAAAAUUCAGCAGCUUUUGAGGCCUUUUCGGAUCAGGCAGAACUAUGGGAAAGUAGACUAAACUCUUUGGAUGCUAUUUUAACUAGUUUGAAUCAAUCACAAAGAAGAUGGGUUUAUUUGGAACCAGUGUUCGAAGCUGGCACUCUCAAAAAUGAAGAGGCCUUAUUUAAACGCAUAGACAAGGACUUUCGUUAUAUUAUGAGGGAAAUAGAAAUGGAUCCUAGAGUUAUAUCUUUGGUAAAAAUUAACAAUAUAACCACUCUAGUCAAGUCCCUGGAAACUCAACUGACCAGAUGUCAAAACAAUCUAAUGUCCUAUAUAAUGGACAAACGCAACUCUUUCCCCCGAUUUUACUUCCUGGGCGAUGAUGAUCUUUUAGAGAUCCUAGGGCAAGCCUCUAAAGAUCCCGAAGUUAUACAAAAACAUAUUAAGAAACUUUUUCCUGGUUGUCAUGCUUUGGGUAUUAAACAUGGAACGAAUGGAGAACGUCCAGUAUAUACCAUACAAUCAGUAAAAAGUUCUGAAGGAGAUGUUCUUAAUCUAAAAACAGCCAUUGAAAUGUCUGGACCCAUAGAAACUUGGUUAAAUGCACUGGUCAACAACAUCCAACAAACCCUGAAAGAGCAAAUUGUUCAAUGUUUUAACUCCUAUCCAACAGAUGGUUACAAUGAAAAUAUUUUACAAAAUUAUGCCAUACAAGUGCUAUCGACUACACGGGCCAUCCAGUUUACCAAACAGGCUGAAAAAGCCAUACAAACGAUGUCGCUACAAAAACUCCAACAACAACUCAAUACGGAAAUAACCAAAUAUUCGACAUGGAAACAUCAAACCCAUGACAUGUUGUUACAAAUGAAAUUGCGUUCUUUACUCUUUGAACUGGUACACUAUGUAACAGUCGUGGAGGAACUAAUACAAAACAAUACAAUGCAUCUAAAUGAUUGGCAUUGGUUGGCACAACUAAAGUUUUAUUUAGGCAACGACGGUGGUGGAACAGGGAGUGCAGGUGGCAGUGGCAGAGAUGCACGCACGGUUAUCAUACGUAUGGUGUAUGCUGAAUUUGAAUAUUCGUAUGAAUUUUUAGGUAAUCCUAAUAAGCUGGUCAGUACACGUUUAACACACAAAUGUUAUCUUAUAUUAACACAAGCCAUGCAUAUGGGCUUGGGUGGUAAUCCUUUCGGCCCAGCUGGUACUGGAAAAACAGAAUGUGUUAAAGCAUUGGGCGCCAUGUUGGGUCGUCUCGUAUUGGUAUUUAAUUGUGAUGAGAAUGUUGAUACUGAAUCGAUGGGUUUGAUUUUGACUGGUCUGGCUCGUUGUGGCGCUUGGGGUUGUUUUGAUGAAUUCAAUCGUUUGCAAGAAGCAACACUUUCGGCCAUAUCAAUGCUCAUACAACCCAUACAAUGUGCUCUAAAGGAUAAAUCGGAUACGGUACAAAUUGCUGAAAAUAAUAUUAAACUCAAUCAUCAUUGUGGCAUAUUUGUAACGCUUAAUCCGGCUGGCGCUGACUACGGUGGCAGACAGAAAUUACCUGGCAACAUACAAGCAUUAUUUCGUCCAAUUGUUAUGCAACAGCCGGAACCACGAGAAAUUGCACGUGUCAUGUUGUUUGUAGAAGGAUUUAAACAAGCAACCGAAAUAGCCGAACGUGUGGUCGAACUGUUCGAUAUGUGUGGCAAAAUAUUAACACACCAGCGUCACUACGAUUGGGGAUUAAGAGAAUUGAAAACCAUUUUACUUGCUUGCGGUGAAGGUUUACGUGAAAAUCUAAAGAAUGACGACAAUUAUAAUAACAGUGAAAUGUCGGUGGUGGUACAGUGUCUACGUGCCUCCACUAUGUCCAAAUUGGCCCUGCAUGAUGUGGCACGUUUUGAUAUGCUGUUGCAGAAUGUAUUUCCAGAAAUUAAAAUCAAUGACAAAUUUAAAUCAACCUUGCAACAGUCGAUUACGGAGGCAUUUAGUUUAUUGGGUCUUUGUGCUAAUGAAAUGCAAAUGAUUAAAUGUUUGCAACUCUAUGAACAAUUGCAAAAGCGCAUGGGUGUUGUUGUAAUGGGACCACCCGGUUGCGGUAAAUCAACCAUAAUAUCAGUAUUGCGUCAAGCUUUAAUGCAAAAACAAAUACGUAUUCACACUAUUAGUCCUAAAUCCAUGAGUCGCAUUCAACUGUUAGGUCGUCUUGAUCCUGACACACGUCAAUGGCUUGAUGGUGUUUUAACACAUACAGCUGCUGUUGUAAAUGCCGAACCACCACACAUUCAAUCAUGGAUUGUUUGUGAUGGCAGCAUUGAUCCAGAAUGGAUUGAGGCACUCAAUUCGGUAUUGGAUGAUAAUAAAUUACUAACAUUACCAUCUGGUUGGCGCAUACAAUUUGGUAAUAAUGUGAAUUUUAUAUUUGAAACUGAUGAUGUACGUAAUGCCUCGCCAGCAACAAUAUCUCGUAUGGGCAUAGUAAAUAUGAACAAUGAAGACUAUCCCUUAAAACGUAUACUCGAAUAUCAAUUGAGUAAAUAUGAAUUUGGUGAUUUAAUACAAAGUUAUAUAGAGGAAAUCUAUGAACCAGCUAUGGAAUGGUUAGAAAAGGAAUAUUUACAUACGUUUCCUGGCUUGACACGUUCCCGCAUGUUACGUGCUUUACUCUUAAAACUACAGGCAGAACAUGAUAUUAAUUUCAAUAUACAAAAUCGUGAAGAAUUUAUGGUGGCUGCUUGUCAUGCCGCUUUUGAAUUUUUACCAGUCGAACGUCAAAAUGAAUUUGCAAAUUGGUUGUAUGACAAGGCUGGCCUAUACGUAGCCAAUCCAAAUCAUGCAGAGUUAAUGUUUUAUAAUAAAAGUAGAAACUCUUUGGAUGUUUAUGAAACUGAUAUUAGUGGUGGUGGCGAAUUAAUUGAAACAGCUUCUAUUAAAAUGUAUUUGCAACAAUUGAAAACGUUUCUAGAGGCUCCCUGUAGCACACCAUUCUUAGUUGUAGGUCCGGCUGGUGCAGCCAAGACUUUACUCAUACAACAAGCUGUUCAGGAUAUGUCAGGUUAUGAAUUGCUUACAAUUAAUUGUUCAACACAAUUGACACCGGCUUAUAUUAUACAUUGUUUGAGACAGAAUUGUAUGACUGUAAGUGGAGUGCGUGGACGGGAAUUUAAAGCGAAACAGACACGUUUGGUAAUGUAUUUGAAAAAUUUGGAUCUGUGUUAUUUGGAUGCUUGGGGUUGCAGUGAAAUUGUUGAAUUAUUAUUGCAACUUGUGCAACGACAAGGCUUUUAUAACGAUAACAGCUCAAAUUCUGGCCUAAAUGCGUUGGAAUGGAUAAAUGUAAGUGGUUUACAAAUAUGUGGUUCCAUUUCACAGUCUACAACGCAAACGACAACAGCUGCGACAGCUAAUGCAAGUUUGGUGAAAAUUGCACCGCGUUAUUUGGCCAUAAAUCACUUGCUGCACGUCGGUUAUCCCACCCAACAAGAUAUGUUAGCUGUUAUACAACGUCAUCUGGAACAUUUACUUUUAGGCAACCCAUACCAUCUUCAAGCUGGUGGCAGCAGCAGCAGCAAUGACUCUGCCCGUUUUAAGGGUAUGAGUUUACAAAAUGUACAAUCUAUAUCUGAAGGUUUAAUGGAAUUCUAUACAAAGUUUCAAGCUGCCUUUACUAUGACUGGUAAACGUGGUGGCAGUGCUAGUAGCAAUAGCACAGAUACUGUUGCUGCUACUGGUUGCAAUGCUCACUAUCAAUUUUCACCGAAAUUUAUAAUGAAAACAUUGGCAAAUCUCAAAUAUUAUCCAGAAAAUUCAUUCAAUGAGGCUUUAUAUUGUGAAUUGGUAUCCAUGUUUAAGGAUCGUUUAGCUUGCGAGGAUGAUGCUGAGAAAUUUGAAGCAAUAUUAAGACAUUCACUGCGUAAAAUUGGUAGUAAAGAUGUAAAAAUAUAUUUUGUACCAAAGACUACAAAACACAAUAGUGAAUUGCAAUCCUUACAACAUGAUGAAUGGCUGGAGGAAGUUCAAAAACAAUUACUAUUUGUAGUAAAUUCGGAAAGUUUUAUCAUUGAUGCACCAGUAACAAAAGAAUUACUGGAACAAACAUCGAAAGUUGCACGUUUAUUGACACGCAAUAAUACACACAUACUCAUGGUGGGGACGGCAGGUGAAAGACAAAUGGAUUGUAUUUAUGCAGCAGCCACAAUGCAACAGGCUAAAAUCCAAUUGCUACAGGGUGGUUGUAAUUAUGGUCUAAUGGAUUUUUACAAUGAUUUGAAAUUGGCCAUGCAAGUAGCUGCUUUAGAAAAUCAAUGCACCUGUUUGAUAAUAGAACAUUGUUGGCUCUCCUAUGUGCCGAACAUAAUGAAACCAAUCGAAGCUAUUUUGGAGGAAAGUGAAAUAUUGGAUUUAUUUGGCGAUGAUUUAGAGUCUAUUGCUAGUUCACUAAAGCAUUCAGCACAAUUGGAGGGCUAUCAGGAUACAAUAGGCUCAUAUUUUAUGAAAAGAGCCCAAGAAAAUCUUCAUUUAAUUAUUUGUUUGGAUCCUAUGAAUUGCAAAAUUGAGCAAUAUUUCACUAAAUAUCCUGCCUUAUAUAGAAACAUGGAUAUAUUAUAUCUAAGAGGCACUUCAAUAGAGACUUUAAACAUGUUGCCUAAGAAAUUUGGGGAAGUUUUAAAGUGAAUUUCCUGGUCAAUCAGCAUCGAAAGAAAAGUUCCUGUUUCUAGUUAUUUUUCGGAGAUAUUAGAUAAUUCUACAACGCAGGUGUCUUUAAGGUUUUAUCAACUGAUAAAAUCGUAUUAUUACAUCUAUUGUAAUUUAUCGAAGGAUAUUAAUAAAAGAUUUGGAAAACACGGUGUCGACAAACUUGCUUCUGCUCAUGCAGUGGUUGAUACUCUGAAAUCAAAUGCCUCCAAACAGGAAGUGGCUUUAGCCGAAAAGCGUAAAUUGGCUAAUGAAGCUUUAGAAAUGAUUUCUUCAACUAUGAGAAAUGCCAAUGAACAAAAAUCUAGCAUGUUGGAGUUAAAAAAGAAAACACAAGAAAGCAGUGAAAAACUUAAAGAGAGACAACAAGAAAUCCAAGAAGAAUUAGCCGAAGUAGAACCGAUAUUGGCGGAAGCAUCAGCCGCUGUCGGUCAAAUAAAAUCAGAGGCAUUGUCUGAAAUAAGGUCUCUAAGAGCGCCACCCGAGACUAUAAGAGACAUACUUGAGGGUGUCUUGCGUUUAAUGGGCAUACGGGAUACUUCAUGGAACAGUAUGAAAACAUUUUUGGCUAAAAGAGGUGUUAAAGAAGACAUUAGAUCUCUGGACCCAGCGCGCAUAAGUCCCGAAAAUUGUGAGGCCGUUGUUAAACUAUUGGCUAAUAAAGCCGAUUCUUUUGAAAUGAAAAAUGCCAAAAGAGCUUCGGUAGCAGCGGCACCGUUAGCAGCUUGGGUAAAGGCUAGUGUUAGAUAUUCAAAAGUUAUACAAAGUAUUAAGCCUUUGGAGAGAGAACAAAAGGAGUUGCAAAAGAAUUUGGAUGUGGCCGAAGAUGAAAUGCAAUCUUUGAUGACGGGUCUAGAUGAUGUAGACAACCGAGUAAAGCAAUUGUCGGCUAAAUUAAAUGCAUAUACCCAGGAAGCAGCAGUAUUAGAAUUAAAAUUAGAAGAAGCUCGUAAUACCUUAACAGCUGCGGAAGUUUUGGUAGAGCAAUUAAGUUCGGAGUAUCAAACAUGGAGCAUGCAACUAGAGGAAUAUAAAGUAACUUUUAAAACCUUAGAUACCAAGUCCUUGUUGAUAGCAUUGGCCUUAAAUUACUACUCGCAUAUGUCACUGAAGGAAAGAAGCUCUUCCCUCAAUAAACUUACUACCGAAUUGCAACUAAAAGAAUCAUUUGAUUUACACAAAAAUUUACUUACCGAACAAGAACAAAUUAUUUGGGAAAGCAUGGGUUUGGCAAGAGAUGCUCAAAUUAUAGAGAAUGCUGCUGUUUUAAGACAAAUGUUAAAUUUGCCAUUUGGCUCUUAUCCUAUACCUCUACUACUGGAUCCCACAGAGACUGCCAUUAAUUGGCUUAAGGAAUACUUACACUCAAAGGAGAGACCUUUUGAAGUUUUAUCACAAAACAAUCAAAAAUUAACAUACUCCCUGGAACUGGCGGUAAGAUUUGGUAAAACAUUUAUAGUAGAAGACUGUCAGGAAUUGAGACCACCGCUAAUGCAAUUGAUUACAAAUAAAGUCUAUAUGAAAUUCAAUAAAAAACAAAUAGAUGUAGGAUCGAAAAUGGUCGAUUUACAUGACAAUUUCCAGCUGGUUUUGGUCACAAAGACACCCAAAUUAAGCAUAGCAUCAGAAACAUUUGCUUUUAUCAGCUGUAUACCUUUCACCGUAACCGCAGUUGGCUUAAGUGAUCAACUAAUGUCUAAAGCUAUUAUAAUGAAAAAUCCUGUUUUGGAACAAAAACGUGUAAAUUUAUUGAAAAAUGAAGGGGUAUUACUAAAACAACGCCUGGAAUUAGAAGAUAAACUAUUGGAGGAGCUAUCAUUAGCUCAAGGUGACAUUUUGAAAAAUGAAAAGCUCUUGAAAACUUUAAAUGAAGUCAAGGAAAGCAGCAGUUUUAUAGACAAAUCCUUAAAGGAAAGUUCUGAAAUCAAAGACACUUUAUUAGCAGAUUUUACUGCGUUAAGAGAAUUGUGCUCCAAAGCUUCAGGGUUUUAUAUAAAUCUAACCUGCUGUUACGAAUUAUCUUCUAUGGUAUUUAUAAAACUAUUUCUAAAUGCGUUGGAAUUACAUGACAUUGGUGGUGCCAACUCGUCGGUACAAAUAGAAUUGAAAUUUUAUGGCCAAUUAGUUAGAGAGACAUUUCAGUAUUUGGCUAGAUCUAUACCCAAGGAUAGACAUUUAUCACUGGCUUUAUAUGUGUGUCGUACGGCAUAUAAGGAACGCAUAAAAGAUGUUGAAUGGGAAUUGUUUGUUACGAAUUUUAUAUCGGGAGCAGAGGGCAGUUCUUUAAGUAGUAGUGCUGGUUAUGGGCGAUCUCAAUAUGUGGAGAGUUUUGGCAAGGAGGCGGCUUUAAAAUUGCAAAUUUUAAUUAAUCAAAAACCAGAAAUGGAGGAAAAAUUACAACUGCAUAAUUUUUCACUAUGGAGUGGUUUUAAAGAAGGAAAGUCUGCAGAAAUACCAGUAACAACCAUUAAUAGCUUUGAAAAACUUUUAAUAACCCUAAUCAUAAGACCAGAACUGGUAACCUAUUAUAUGAAACUAACAGCAGAAGAAAUGCUAGGCAUAUCCAUUGAAUCCAUACAACAACCAAGCAUUGAACAAUUGGUGGAAGAAAGUUCUGCCGAAAAACCCAUACUAAUGAUUACACAAACCGAAAAUGAUCCAGCAACGGAAAUAUUAAGUGUGGCAGUGCGCACUAAAGGCAAAGAUAAAUACCAGGAAAUUUCUAUAGGCAAAGGUCUAGAGAAAAAAGCUAUGGAUGUUAUUAAACUCUCAGCUGAAUUGGGUAAAUGGAUAUGUGUUAAAAAUGUCCACCUAGUACCGACCUGGUUGCUAUUACUGGAAAGGGAGUUUGGUGAAAUGAAGAAGCAUGCUGAAUUUCGUUUAUGGCUGAUUUGUGAAUCCACUCAAGGUUUUAGUGAGGCAGUAAUAUAUAAGUUUGUUAAAGUUCUAUAUGAAUACCCGGCUGGUAUUAAACAGAAGGCCAAAAGAAUGUUACAAAAUUAUGCGGUAAUGGAACAAGAUAGAACUAUACUCAAAGAAGCUAAACUAAUGAAGAUAAGAGUAGUGCUAUUUAUAGUCUUAUCUGUUUUACAAGAACGUAGACGUUUUAUACCGCAAGGUUGGUCACAAAAAUAUGAGUUUGGUGAGGCAGAUCUCAAGGCUGCUUUACAAUUAAUUAAGUGGUUGGAUGGUCUUAUGUUAGGUGGACGCAUUGAUUGGCAAAUAAUGCAAAAAUUAAAUGAAAAUGUGGCUUUUGGUGGUCGCAUUAAUAAUUUAAGAGAUCUGCUGGUUUUACAGAAAUAUUUGCAAGAAUUUUUCAACAAUGAAUCUUUGAGUUCUAGAUGGACCCCCUUUGAGGGUAGAGUUACUAUACCCACUAGUACACAAUGGUCAGAUUAUUUAAAUGCCUUAUCAAAGUUACCAUCUCAAGAUGAACCGGAGUUAUUUAAACUUUCCAAGAAAUCAAAUGUAAGCAGAGAAAUUGAUUAUGGCUUAGAUAUUUUAAGGGAACUGAGGUUGUCGUAUUUGGGCUUAAGUGGAGAUAAUGAAAUGAACCAGCAGAAUUUGGAAAAACAAAUUAAGCCUGUUUUGGCUUUAUGGAGGAAAUUGGCACAGAACUGUUCCAUAAACAUUACUGCUCAAGAAUUAAGCGAAGAACAAAAAUCAUCCAAUCCCUGGUUGGUUUUCAUACAUACUGAAUUGAAAUUGGCCGGUGAGGGUUAUCAAAUGAUACACAAUACCUUAAGUCAAGUAUAUAGUAGCCUUAAAGAGCAACAAACCAACUCACAGAAUCCAGCAAAUAUGCAAAUGAUCAAUACAUUGGCUUCAAAUCAAGUCCCUCUAAAAUGGCAACGUCUCUGGUGUGGACCUACAAACGCCCUGGACUAUAUAAAAGCUUUUAUGCAUAGAGCCUCAAACACCGAAACUCGAUACCGUACCAUGCAACACUUGGACUUUAUUGAGGAAGUUGACUUAACCACAGUCUACAAUUGUCAGACUCUUAUAUCGGCUUUGAAACUCGUCAAUUCACAUAAACAACAGAUUUCCUGUAAAAAUCUAACACUGGAGUCUCACAGUCUAACCUCCGAAAAAUCAAACCAAACUACCAAUCCCCAACAAGUGCAGCUUAGAUUGAAACCUUUGCAGGUAAAUGGCGCUGUUUUUAGCUAUGGUAAAUUAAUAAUCACCUCUAAUGAUGUCCUUAUGGCAGAAGACAAAUCUCCUGAGUUUAUUAUUACUUUUAAAGAAAAAGAUAAUCGUUUGAAUGAUUUAAAAACCAUUUCUCGCGGCAGUUCGGCUGCGAUAUCAUCCACUUAUUUACCCGUUUAUACAAAUGCAAAACGUGAAAAGUUAUUGUGUGAACUAGAGGUGGCUACUGCGGAGACGGCUGAUACAGUGUUAUUGUCGGGAGCUGCCUUAAUAGUGGGAAAUUAUUAAGGAAUAUUUAAGCAAAAAUGUUUUCAUGUUUAUAGUACACAACA